GCUCAGCAGCGGGCCAUGCAUGGCCCACUGGUUUAGAACCAGUGGAUUGGCCAUGUUCGGAACUGUUUGUUUACCAUAAGUAAUUCUGGAAACCCAUUGAAUUAAUGAUCGUUACUAAAUUUAGAAUUUCGUUCGAUAUUUGAAACAGAUUUUUCUAUUUGCAUUUAGAAUUGGCUUAAAUAUUUUUGGCUGUUUGUACAAAGCCAUUUUUAGAGCGAAAGAAAUGUCAAAAAGUAUAAAAAAAAUAUUGAAAAUGAAGUAUAGUAUUGUUAAUUGCACCACUGUUUCUAUGUUUCAAUUUCGUCAAAAACAUAAUCAUGUUUUCACCAGUUUUAUUGCAAACUUAAUAUCAUCCGAAUCAUGACCUUCGUCAUUACAACCAAGAAAUAAUUGUUUCCUGUAAUACAUUUCGGCUAUUUUAUGUAUAGUUCAGUUUUUUAAAAUCUUGGGUAAAAAUGGUUUUUAUGAAGAUAUAGUGACAAUGUUUUUCUUAAUACAUAUUCAAUAUUCCAGAUUAGUAAACUUAUAAAUAAAUUCAAAACCAUUUUUACCUGGAAACAUACCUGUUAUUGUUUUUCAUAUAUCCCUAAAAUUUAGAUCAAUCAAAUCAUGAUUCUCCAUGACCUUUGACACCAUAACCAAUAAAAUCAUUGUUUUCUGGAACGCAUUAUUGCCAUUUCUCGUACUAUUCAAUUCAGUUUUGACGACUGGUUCAAGAUUUUUUGUCUUAAUUAUAAUGCCUAAUACUUUUGCUCCCAGAUGUUUCAGAUUUAUAUUAUCGCAAAAUUUUAGUUUUUGAAAGUUAAUUUUGUUAAACUUGUCAUAAAUUAUGGAACCACAGUUGAAGAAUUUAUUGUUCAAAACAAACACAGAGUAUAAGGAUGUUCGUUUCAGUGUUUACAGGACAUCAUUGAAACUUCGUCGAAUUCAGAAAAGUCUGAAAUUGGAUAAAAUCGAAGUCUCGAGCGCUCUUGCUGUUUUAUCUCAACCACUGGUGGGACUGAGUUCAAGCCCAGAACAAUCUCAUCCGAGCAUCAAUGCUUCAGGAGUACAGAAUGUUGUUCAUCGAGUUUACACUGAGUCACCCACUCAAGGAAAUGAUCUUGAGGAGAUUUUUCCUGAGGUUCUUGCCGACCUCACUACAGCUCUUGUGAUGCAUAUCUAUGAUACUAAAGGCGAAGGCAAUAUCCCUCUACAAGCGGUUCGAUCAUUCUUCAUAGUGAUGUGUGACAGAGAAUUAGUUGGCAAAUAUAAGUCGCUCUUCUGGUGUCAUUGCGAACCAGGCAGUAAAACGCUGACUAAGCGGAAUGUUGCAAUACUGCUAAAUCAUGUUAUUCAAAUAACCCGAGUCAUCUUUGAAUCAAGCCAUUUUGGGAAACUUGGACCUGCAGUUGAAAGUUGUUUUAAUGGGAUCUUUGGAUACGGCAUCACAGAACAUGACUUUGUUCGCUGGAUGUUAUUGGAGCCACAAUCCAUCGUGUGGCUACCCACAAUGCACAGAAUCAACAGUGCGGAAAGGUCACGACACCCAGUCUCUUGCUCGAUUUGUAAAACAAGACCAAUCAUUGGAUUAAGAUUUCGUUGUUUGAGAUGUAUGGAUUACAAUGCAUGUCAAAAUUGCUUUCUUACAAACAUUGACGGCAAGAAAUCCCACAAACCAACCCAUCCUGUGCAGGAAUACUGUAUGCCAGUCAAGAAGAGAGAGAGCAUGAAAGACAUGGCAAGAACAUUCCGAAACAUUGUGACAAAACGAUACAAACGAAAAACAGUUUCAAGAAGUUUUUUACCGAUUGACCAGUCCGGUAAUAAUAAUGGAAUCAUGAUGGAGACUUGGCAGCAACAAAGUUUAGAUGUGACAAGCACAUCAAUGCCUGAUAUUGAAUAUGGAAGAUAUACAGAGCAACAGAAUAAUGGGGAUCUCAAUGUCAGUAGAAUGUCAGCAGGAUUUGCUGACGUUUCACAGUUGGCCGAUGAAGAAAAAGUGAAACUGGAUUUACUGAUUGAAAAACUAGAAGAGGAGAGAAGGAGAAUGAUGGCAACUACAGAACUGUUAGAAUCAUCUCAAAACAAUCCUCAGGCAGGGAGAAUCAAGGGGGCUGAACCACAAAACGAGCAAGAAAAAUUACAAGCUGAGUUAGAAGAUAUAAAGCAUUAUAACCAUGAUCUUCAGAGAGAGUUGAAUGAUCUUCGUGCUUCAUUGCACCCAGAUACGCACCACCACACACAGCAUGUUCCACAACACACAGGUGUCGCACCACGCACAUCCACACCAAGAAUCGUUUCACAAAGUCCAGAAAAUGCUUCUUACAGCCCCAAAAAUUCUCGCUAUUCCCCAGUGGCUACAAGCAGUCACUACUACACACCUGAAGCAGUACAGAGUAGAAAAAGUCACGAGUCUUUGCAUUAUCCUCCCCGACAUUAUGAUUCAAUAUCAAAGUAUGACACACCUCCUGAUCUUCAGACCACACCCCCACAAUUUAUUCAGCCACCAGAAAGAGUGGCUACCUCAGUUAUUCAGAGGCCCGGUUCUCAUCCUCACUAUGAGCCCCUCAAAGGACGCAGUGGGCACUCCCCUAAAUUAUAUCCAACAAAAAAAGACCCAGAAAUGAAGGGACUUUCCCCUAAAGCAAGCAGAAGGCCUAUGAGAGUCCCUAGAGACGAACACCACUCUUUGGGGUAUUCCCCUCAAUCAUUGGAACAGGAUUCCCCUAUUGGAUUCCAUAAAAAACCUUUCAGAUCAUUGGGGAAUUCCCCAAGAGAAAAUGCAAAUGAUAUUGGAAGUCCCCUGAAACCAGGUCCAUGGGGUUCACGUAAAGUACUCCCAGAUGUCCCAUUUGGGAGAUCCCCAAAGCACCCACGGAGUUCCCCAUCGCAGAGUUCUCAAAGCUCCCGUCAAAGUUCUCCUCAAGUUGCAGCCGCUUUUAACCGUCCUGGUCUAGCUCAAAGAAGUCUAACACCCACGAAUUUUAGUCGGGUAUCCGCUAAGGGCAUGUAUAAUCAAUUUCAAAAAGAUUCCUCCAGUGAGUCCGGAUCUUUCAGUGAAAUCUCGCAGAAUUCGCGACAUUCUUCGCCUAAGCGUCAAUCAUGGCAUUCUUCUCGCGGAACAUCUCCGAAACUCAGACGAAACGAUUCACAAUCCUUACAAGAAGCUUACUUGCGCCAUCUAGAGGCCAAUCAAACAACGUCGGAAUCUAUGUUAACCACUUCACAGCAUUCUCAUAACCUCGACUCUGAAGAAAUAAGAGUAAACCAGUCCACACCGACCCCAAAACAGCGUAAAAAACGUAGCAGCACCCCCCAGCGGAAAAAUUUGGAAAACCAAUUGCACGAACCGGAAAUUGAAUAUACGUCAGACAUCAGCUCCAAGGCGAGUUACAAAAACUCAAGUAAAAGUCCGAAAAUUCCACAACGUAGGCAGCGGCCGCAAAGUUACGAUGGCUCUCUCAGAUCGCGUGAAAAGGAAAUACCAAAACCUCACAAAAGAGGUCCUUCUAAGAUGUAUGGUUCUCAAGAAUUCAAUGGAGAGAAGACCCCUUCAUUUGGAGACAAUCUACACAAUAAAUCUCCAUUCCAAGACAAAUUGCACCACACCCCUUCUUUUCAAGACAAAUUGAAACGUGGGCAUAAAAAUGGCUCAACUAAUAAGUCCAGCAGUUCCGAAUCAUCUCAAACCAGUGGAAGCAAAGCAAAAGGUAGAGAAUCUAGCGGUGGUAGACCAAGUUCUGUCUCUUCCCGUGGAAAAAGAAUCAAAAAUGGCGAACAGCGCCAUCUUUCAAGGAAUAAUACACUAGGAUCAAUCGUCGCGCCGAGAAAAGUUGUGUCGUGCGAGAAUUUAGCGUAUGAAGGUUCACAAAGAGGUUCUAUGGAUUCAUUGGAUACUUUACAUGGUGCUGGGGUAUCUAACCCCAGUUUGGGGGUUUAUGGGACCUCAAAUGGCGAUACAACAUCCCCCGUUUCAGACACACCAAGUUUUGACCACCAAAUUGAACACUCUGAAGAAAUAGACCCAUAUGCUCAUAUACAUUCAAGCAAACCUAAUAUUGUGGACAGAUCUGAAGCAGGGGCCAAAAUGGGGCACUCCAGUCAAAAAUUUAGCACAAACAGGGCCGAUUUUAGCCCCAAAAAUGGUCAUAUUCACAUGCAGACUGGUGUACAGAGUCCGACAGGCAAUUCAUCGAAAUCAAGGUCAUUUGAAGGUCAUUCAAAUGCUAGAAAAACUCCCGAAAUGAGACAACUGGAUGCUAGUGGGCGAUCAAAACCUCAGAAAGAGAAGCUAGACAGGUCACAAAGGAAAGAUUUGAAGAAGAAACAUAAAGAGGACUCCUCCUCAGCGUCUGGAAGUGAUUCUGAUCUCCAGGAAUCUGACCACAAGGAGUCUACAAGAGCCACACCAAAGAAUUCCCGCAAAUCCAGUCCCAAGCAAUCCAGAGCUAGAAGUCAAAAAGCAUCUUCGAAACCAUCAACACCAAAAGGCUCCAGAAGAGAACGAACUCUGACCCCGCAGAGGAAGAGUCACAGGAAGCAUGAAAAGAAUCAGACAUCAGAUGGUGGUUCAACAAAUUCAAGAUCGUCACCAGAAGGAGAUUUUGAAUCUAAAUCUUUGGAGAAUUCAUCCAGCGAUCACAGCUUCACAUCUCCAGAAGAAGAAAUGAAAUUCCUUGUCAGCAGGUUGCAAGGCAUCAUGCCAUCUAUCCAUGACAAAUCCACCGAUAGUCGAUCUAGUUUCGAUUUAAAAGCUGCUAAGCCUAUGAAUGAGGUCCUUCUCGCUGCUCAACAAACUCGUCAAUCAAUCAGAUUAUUUGCUGAAUACGCUAUCGCCGUGGCCGCAGGGGAGGUAUAGGAGACUUCAAUGUGUUGCAAACUUUAGUUAUUAAAAUGUAAAAUUUUGUUUUUUAUGCAUGUUUUGAUAUUUGUGCCAUUUCGAGAUGUGUUUGUGAAAAAUUUAGAAGGCCCAUAAAGUAUGUGUUUGUGUUGGCACGAGUUGCCCACUUAUCUAAGGCUUGAGUCAUCUGAAAACAGGUUUUCCAUACUUCGGGCCUCCUUUUUGUGAAUCUUAGUUUUGACUGACCCGCUGGCCGAUUCUCGAUUCGUUUCAAUUUCUGUGUAACCAAUGUGUAAGGUUAAUGUUUUCAUAACACAAAUGACAUUAAUGUGACAAGCAAACAUUUGGGUUAUUAGUAUAUAUACUUUACUAUAUGUAACAAGAGAGCUAUGCUCAAAUAUAUGGACACGUAGAGUCACAUAAUUUUGAUAACGUCAUAGCGAAAAAAAAAUAAUAGCCUUCGGGAGAAAAUUUUUAUCUUUAACCACUGAAAAUUUCA